AUGUUGAGCCGAGCUCUUCUUCGUUCCUCUUCUUUAUCAUCCUCAUCAUCAAAGGUAUUUUCUGUUGCAGCCGCUUCUUCUAACCAUCAUCAUCAUCACUCGGCAAUUAUUUUUCUCUCAUCGUUAAAUAGUACUCAAAAACGUUCCUACAAGAAACAUGAAUUUGAAGCGGACGAAUUGAAUUUGACUGAACAAAACGAGCAUCCAUUGACAAGACCUUUGAGAACCUAUAGAAACGAGGAGAGAAGACUCUACAAUGAAGCAAUGACCAUCAAGGAGACUGCUGAAAAAUACAAGAAUGCCGAAUUAAAAUAUGAUGAGAAUGGAAAGCCUUUUCUUGAAUUGCCCAAAGAGAAACAACUCUCAUACGAAGAGUAUAUGGCAGGUUUGCAGGCAAAGGAAUCCACACCAGCUUAUCCUUGGGUUCUUGGACUUCAAAUUCGUCAAGCGCUUUACGAAGUAGAAAAGGGAGCUGCAGCAUCUUAUGUGCCACUUUCGAAAUAUCGCAAAGACGAUUUACGUGUUUAUCAAGUUGCCAAGAAGUUGGGUACAAUAUGGCAAGAGUCGGACUCUAAAAAACCAAUCACAAGGGAUGAUAUUGAAAGUGCUUUCAACUUGUACAAAGAUCAUUGUGAAAGAAUCAAAAUGAUGAAGAGCGAGUACUCUUUGGAAUAUACAAGAUUAUUGAAAGUCCUCAUUAACAUGGUUCUUGUCAAUAGAGAUUAUUGUCAAUAUGCUAAACAAGUUCUCAAUGAGUCAACAAAGAAAUAUAAAAGAGAUGUGCAAUCUAUUGAAGCAGAUAUUGAGACUAAACUGAGAGAUUAUGAAUCCAAGCAAAGUGAUCAAGACAAACUUUUAAUGAUUCACACUCCUUCAUACACAAUUCAAUCAAUUUCCAAGAUGAGUAAUAUUUUGGAUGCUUAUGAAAACAUGAUUGUGCAAUGUGUGAAAUUAAUGUAUCCUGAAAGAUGUUCCAUUUAUGAUAUGGAACUGUGCAAGAAACUUCUCUAUAUUUGCCGUACCUCAACUGCUUCUAGUCUGAUUGAACGUAGAAAGGAGCUUACCGACAUUUCAAAAUCUCACUAUGACCGAGACACUCUCUUCCAUAAUGCUGUGGUCAUUUGCAAGGAAUCUGAACACAAUGCAAGAAUUAUCAAUGAACCUUAUGAAUUGGAAAGACCAAUUUUGUAA